AUGGUCAGCAUCAAAAACUGUGACCACUCAACUGCUAUUAAAGCUUUUCGCAAAGGUCUCAAUUACAGAUCCAGGUUGUAUUAUGAGCUGACAAGAUAUCCUUGCUCCUCAUUUGAAGAAGUUAGAACGAGAGCAAUGGCUGAAGUCCGCGUAGAAGAGGAUGAGCAUGCCAGAAACUGGGUUGAAAGGAGACCAUCGGGGUACCUGGGGAAUCAAUCCUUCAACAAUCAAAACUCUAGAACCCGACAAAGUAGCUGGCAGCCAAGGCGCAGCAAUGUCAACAGCAUAUCCGAGCCAAAAGCAGGUGAAAACUCCAGCUGGCCAGCAAUAGAAUAUCAUCCAGAUAUCAGCUCAUAUGGUUUCGAUACCAAUAUAGUGAGAGUGGUGAACGCUCUCAAAGAUAUUGGGCAACCGGUGAGGUGGCCUAGGAAGAGCGACAAACCUGACCAUCAGAAGGAUAAAUCAAGGUGGUGCGAGUACCAUGGAGACCAUGGGCAUAGGACUGAUGAAUGUAACAGUCUUAAAAGAGAAGUAUCCUGGCUGCUCAAAAGAGGCUAUCUAAAAGACCUCCUUGGAAAGAAGGGAAAAGGACCUGAAAUUAAGCGGGAAGCACUGCCAGCAAGAGUUGGCACCUCAGCGUCCAGCAUCCCCCAAACUUAUCCAAGCAGUGAAGAAAAGAAGCUGGAUGAUAUGGAAAUAGUAUUCGAUGAGAGUAGGUUCAACGAGCCCGAGCAUCAUGAUUGCUUGGUAAUCUCCCUCCAUGUGGGUCAUUGCAAGAUGAAGAGAGUACUGGUAGAUAAUGGAAGCUCGACCAAUAUAAUUUUCAAAGACACCCUAGAUCAAGCUAGCUUCAAAGAGUCAGACAUCACCAAGAGGUCUACAGUUCUGGUUGGAUUCAAUGGCGAACCUAUGAAUUCCCUAGGAGAAAUCCAGCUGCCUACGCUGCUCAAAGGAAUCAACAUGAUGCACAAGUUCUACGUGAUAGAUUGCAAAACCGCUUAUAAUGUGAUAGUAGGAACCCCUUGGAUCCAUAAAAUGAAAGUUAUCCCAUCUACCUAUCACCAGCUGCUCAAAUUUCCAAACCCGUGGGGAGUAGCAGUAGUCGAAGGAGACAGAAAGCAAGCGCGGGAAUGCUACCAGCUCGCCCUAAAACCCCAUGGCCCCGCCAUCUAG